AUGGAGGACGACACGCCCGAUGUGAGUUCAGAUUCCAAUGGAGAUGCAGCAUACAGCGAUUAUUUCUUGGACUACAAAUCAAUAAUGGACGAAAUCACAAUCACAACACAACCAAAAUCCGGUUAUGUCAUUCGAAAUAAGCCAUUGCGUCUUCAAUGCCGAGCCAAUCACGCAACAAAGAUUCGUUACAAAUGUAGCUCAAAAUGGAUCGACGAUUCUCGAAUCGAAAAGCUUAUCGGAACCGACUCGACGUCUGGAGUUGGAUACAUUGACGCUUCAGUUGAUAUUUCUCGAAUCGACGUAGACACAUCUGGACACGUUGACGCUUUUCAGUGUCAGUGUUACGCUUCUGGAGACGACGAUCAAGACGUUGUGGCUUCUGACGUGGCGACAGUUCAUUUGGCUUAUAUGCGGAAGCACUUUCUCAAAUCACCCGUUGCUCAACGGGUUCAAGAAGGCACAACCCUCCAACUUCCCUGUCAAGCACCGGAAUCAGAUCCGAAAGCAGAGCUCACCUGGUACAAAGAUGGAGUCGUUGUACAGCCUGAUGCAAAUGUUAUCCGAGCAUCUGAUGGAAGUCUAAUUAUGUCAGCCGCCAGAUUAUCAGACAGUGGAAAUUAUACAUGUGAAGCCACAAAUGUGGCGAAUUCGAGGAAAACUGACCCAGUGGAAGUACAGAUUUAUGUUGACGGUGGUUGGUCCGAAUGGUCCCCGUGGAUCGGAACGUGUCACGUCGACUGUCCCCUUCUCCGUCAACACGCCCAUCGAAUCCGUGAUCCGCAUGACGUUCUGCCCCAUCAGAGAAGAACACGAACUUGUAAUAAUCCAGCUCCAUUGAACGACGGAGAGUACUGUAAGGGAGAAGAAGAAAUGACGAGAAGCUGUAAAGUACCAUGUAAACUUGAUGGAGGAUGGAGUUCAUGGAGUGAUUGGAGUGCUUGCUCUUCGAGUUGUCAUCGGUAUAGGACGAGAGCAUGUACCGUUCCACCUCCGAUGAAUGGAGGACAGCCAUGUUUUGGAGAUGAUCUGAUGACACAAGAGUGUCCGGCACAGCUUUGCACUGCGGACUCCUCUCGGAUAGUAAUCAGUGAUACUGCUGUUUAUGGAUCAGUUGCAUCUAUUUUCAUUGUUGCCUCAUUUAUUCUUGCAAUUCUUGCAAUGUUCUGCUGUAAACGUGGCAAUUCAAAAAAGUCGAAACCAUUGAAACCGCAGAAAAUGAAUUCGGAAAAAGCAGGAGGAAUCUACUAUUCUGAGCCUCCAGGUGUUCGAAGAUUACUUUUGGAGCAUCAACAUGGAACAUUGCUCGGAGAGAAAAUAUCAUCGUGUUCUCAAUAUUUUGAGCCUCCUCCUCUACCACAUUCAACAACUCUUCGAUCUGGAAAAAGUGCAUUCAGUGGAUAUUCUUCAACAAGAAACGCUGGCUCACGAGCUGCUUUAAUUCAAGAAUGUAGUUCGAGUAGUUCAGGAUCUGGUGGAAAACGGACAAUGCUUAGAACUUCAAGCUCAAAUUGCUCGGAUGACGAUAAUUAUGCUACGUUAUAUGAUUAUAUGGAAGACAAGAGUGUUCUUGGAUUAGACACUUCACAAAAUAUUGUUGCUGCGCAGAUUGAUAGCAAUGGAGCACGAUUGUCUUUAUCAAAAAGUGGAGCAAGAUUAAUUGUACCUGAAUUGGCAGUGGAAGGAGAGAAAAUGCUUUAUCUGGCUGUUUCGGACACCUUAACAGAUCAACCUCACCUCAAACCAAUCGAAUCCGCUCUCUCCCCAGUCAUCGUCAUCGGACAAUGUGAUGUUUCAAUGUCAGCUCAUGAUAAUAUUCUCCGUCGUCCUGUUGUUGUAUCCUUCCGUCAUUGUGCUUCAACUUUUCCACGUGACAAUUGGCAAUUCACAUUGUAUGCUGAUGAAGGAUCCGGAUGGCAGAAGGCUGUAACAAUUGGAGAAGAGAACUUGAAUACCAACAUGUUUGUACAAUUCGAGCAACCUGGGAAGAAGAAUGAUGGAUUUGGAUGGUGCCACGUUAUGACAUAUUCCUUAGCGAGGUUAAUGCUAGCUGGUCAUCCGAGGAGAAAUUCUUUGAGUGCUGCAAAAAGAGUUCAUUUAGCUGUAUUUGGUCCAACUGAAAUGUCAGCUUAUCGAAGACCAUUUGAAUUGAGAGUUUAUUGUGUUCCUGAAACUGGAGCAGCAAUGGAAAGUGUAUGGAAACAGGAAGAUGGAUCUCGUCUACUUUGUGAAUCAAAUGAUUUUAUUUUAAAUGAAAAAGGAAAUCUUUGCAUUUGUAUUGAAGAUGUUAUUCCUGGAUUCUCAUGCGAUGGCCCUGAAGUUGUGGAAAUCUCGGAAACACAACACAGAUUUGUUGCUCAAAAUGGCCUUCAUUGCUCAUUGAAAUUCCGACCAAAGGAAAUCAACGGCUCACAGUUUUCAACGAGAGUAAUUGUCUAUCAAAAGGCAAGCUCAACGGAGCCAAUGGUGAUGGAAGUGAGCAAUGAGCCGGAGCUCUAUGAUGCAACAAGUGAAGAAAGAGAAAAGGGAUCCGUUUGUGUAGAGUUCCGAUUGCCAUUUGGAGUGAAGGAUGAACUGGCAAGGCUUUUGGAUAUGCCAAAUGAAUCACAUUCUGAUUGGAGAGGAUUGGCAAAGAAAUUGCAUUACGAUAGAUAUUUGCAGUUCUUCGCCUCAUUCCCUGAUUGCUCUCCCACAUCACUUCUCCUGGAUCUUUGGGAAGCUUCAUCUUCUGGAUCAGCUCGUGCAGUUCCAGAUCUUCUUCAAACUCUUCGUGUAAUGGGACGACCCGAUGCAGUAAUGGUCCUGGAACGAUUUCUAUCAGCUUUUCCACAAAUUGUGUCCCCAUAAGCUCAAUUUUUUGCACAAACACAACUAGAUUCUACGUCGUUUUUCUAUGGGUAUUCUGUUCUGCGAACAAUCACAUUUUUUCUUCAUUUUUUGCUCUUUUUGUCAAUGAAACCGGUAAUAUAUGCCUGCCCCCAAUGCCUCCAUGAUUUGUUUUUUCUAUGAAACUAUUUUAUUUUGUCUGUAAUUAAUAUUUUCAGUGUCUUUUGAUGUUGAUUCUGGUCCAUCGGUGUAUUAUAUUCGGUCUAAUAAAUUUGAUUUUUGUC